AGAGCCCUUUCUCUCCUCUCUAAAUAGGAUAGCAAACCUUAAUUUUAGGAUAGAAGAGAGAGGCCAUUGACUUAUCCCAACAAUGGCUGUCUUUGGCCCAAACAAAGGCCUUGUGCUUUUGCAGCUCUUGCUCUUAGUGAGCAUCAGCACUUGCUUCUUCCCUGGUGCCUCUGCCAACCUAUUCGAGGACUCCAAGUUCGCCAUUCUGCGCCGCCGUUUGGCGCCCGCUCCUGCCCCUGGCCCUGCCCACUCCCGCCAAGGUUGGAAACCGGUCCACCCACCUGCUCAGCCCCCGCGCCUAGGACACCCACCGCUUCACCCUCCUAAGAACUCCCCCUUCAAGCCGGGCCCGGUUCAUCCACCUGCAGUUCUUCCUCUCCCUCCGAAGAAGUCCCCCGUCAAACCUGGCCCGGUGCAUCCACCGGCCAAGCCACCUGCAGUUCUUCCUCUCCCUCCAAAGAAGCCCCCAGUGGCCCCAGUUCUGGCACCAGUAAAGCCCCCAGUUCACCCACCUGUGAGUCGUCACCGGAGGAGCUUCGUUUGGGUUCGGGGCCUUGUUUACUGUAAACCUCAGAAGUAUCGGUACAUUGACACCCUCGCGGAAGCUAAGCCAAUUAACGGAUCGGUGGUGAAGCUUGUGUGCAAGAACACCAAGUACAGGACAGUAACGACUGCGAAGACAGACGCGCACGGGUUCUUCUUUAUCCAAGCCCCUAGGACUAUCACUAGCUAUGCCGCCCACAAGUGCAGGGUCUUCCUUGUCUCCUCCCCCCAGGCUAACUGCAAAAAGCCAGCGAAGAUCCACGGCGGCAUCACGGGAGCCAUCCUGAAGAAACCGGAGUACUUCAUGAUUGGCAAGAACCCAUAUGCUCUCUACACUGUCGACACUCUCGCCUUUGAACCCAAAUAGGCAUAAUAAUCUAAUAAGAUCCAUCAGAGAUCAGUAGUACCUUAAUUAUGCCUUUGCUGCAUCCUUUUGUGUUGGAUUUUGGCUAUUUCGAAAUGUUUAAGUCGUAGUUGCCAUGUCAGGGAUAUUGUUUAGAGACCAUAUGCAUGCAUGGAGACUUGGGUUGAAUAAAAUAUAAGGACAUACAUCCCGAUAGCUUUAGCUUGUGGAGCGAGGAUUUGCUAUUAUUAUAUGUGCCACACUCAUAUGAUUUCGUAGUGAAAAAAUAAACUAAUGGGUCAUAAUUAAUAUUCU